AGAUGUUCCAAUGUGAAGUCUAUUAGCAUGGGGUUGAAACAAGUGUCCUUUGUAGAGAGGUCCUCAAUAUCUCGGAGGGUCCCUUAUCAGAUGAUUCCACCACUGUGCAGUCUCAUAGCAGGGUGUGAAACAAGUGUCCUUUGUAGAGAGGUCCUCAAUAUCUCGGAGGAUCCCUUAUCAGAUGUUCCACUGUGAAGUCUAUUAGCAUGGGGUUGAAACAAGUGUCCUUUGUAGAGAGGUCCUCAAUAUCUCGGAGGGUCCCUUAUCAGAUGUUCCACAGUGUCUGUUACAUCUCCCUGUAGCUCUCUCGGCCUCUACGUCUGAACUGGAGCUCACCAGCUCCGCCCCCUCCUUCUCCUUCAACGUCAGUGGCUACAAUGACUCCCUGGGGCUACAGGACACCAGGCAGUUCAUGGUCUCCAUGAGUACACACACCAACAGUCACUGAUACCACCAUGAUCCUGGUCACUGACGACGAUGUUGUACACGCAACGUUUGAGAAGACUAAUUACGUGGUGGGUGAGGGUGAGGGCACGUUUCAAGUGUGCGUGGUUCUGAGUAUUGCUGCUGUGCGGAAUGUGACUGUCAUGGUUACUGGAGAGUUGAGUCUAGACAGUGGAGCUAAUUCCGCUGCAGAGCUGGGAACUCUGUCAGUAGAGGUUACAAUUCCACCCAAUGAUACCGGGAGCUGCCUCUCGUUUACCCCCUCUGACGACAGUGAGGUCGAGGAUGUGGACGAACAGUACAGGCUAACAAUGACUAAAGUGAGUCCAGAUGAUCCCCGGUUCGAAGUAGAUGGCGACGUUUUUACCAUAGUCACCAUUACUGACAAUGAUGCAGACGAACCAGGGAGCAAUCUGCUGCCACUGAUAGUUGGAGCGAGUGUGGGUGGAGCUCUGUUGGCUGUCAUCCUCGCUGUUCUCUGCAUCGUCUGCCUCUGUAUAUGGAGUGUCAACGUCAAACGACAGGGGUUCUACCACACCCACGAGGACUCGCAGGCGGCCCCGACGAUGCUCCGCUACAGUGCAUCUCUUCGCUCCAUCUCCUCGCAGAGUGUCGUGGUCAUGGAGGGAAAGCGAGCCGCUGCAAAGGAGAACGAAUUCUUUGUCUAAACCAUAUUUUCUCUCUCCCUCUUUCAUCGCCAUCUCUGCAUUACCGACAUCUUUCUCUCUAGAGUUGAUUUUUUUUGCAGUAUUUUCUGCAGCGUGUAGAUCAAUUGUAUUAUGAUGCUUUUACUUGUAGGUUUUUGCCUUUUUUACCUGUGUAUUAUUAUAGGCUGCUCUUUCAUUCUUUUGUACUGAGAUACACAAUGGCUCUAUUAUACUAUUAUGCAAUUUUUAACUCCACGGCAUACAUUGUUGUAGUACUGUUUGCAUCAUUCUAUUAUUUGUACAACGUGUCAAAAAUAAUGUUACAGCACGUAGGUACUAUACACGUACACAAGUGUAAACUAAGUG